AUGCCAACAGAAGAAAUCAAAACUAAUCCCAAAUACCAGAAGCAAAUUGACAAGUCGUUUGCGGUUAUAUAUCACAACCUGAAACGGAUACAUGAUGCCAAGCCAACAGAGGCGAAACAACUCGAAAUUACGGACCCUGGUUCGUCGUCACAGCGUAGAAAAAACCGUUCAUAUUCUUCGCCAUCAGAGAGAACUCUCGUGGGUACGGAAAAAACACCUUUGGCAACGACACACCAAAAUCCAACUCACUUCAUAGUAAAACAAAGAUAUCUUUCCUCCAUGCAAGGUUCUAAAACAGAGGGGCUAAAGAACAGAAGAGUGAGUUUUUCAGUGGACACACUUACCAGUUUUAGAUAGUGUUUGAAAUGGUACGAGACCCUACCAGACAAGGAUCGAAACUUUCAGCCGAUGUUCUACACCGUUCAUUAACGAAAAAGGUCCGUCCUUGGUUGUAGAUUUAUCAUCCUUUCAUCUAUCAUACCUGUCAAGUGAUCGCCAUUUUCUGAUAACUUAAUGAAAGAGUGUGUUUUUAAAGCAGGUUAGCGUUAUUAUUAUCGGGACUGAUUUUGUGAAAAGAUACGAAAUGAGUGAGAAGUGUUUUUGAUGUUUCACCUAACUUUUUGAGGUUCUUGGUUAGAUAGGACCUAUGUAUGUUUGGAGGUGGUAGAUGGUAGAUGCGCUCUUGUUCUGUCAUUGUAUAUUCUGCCUUUCUUUAAUGUUUAAAUCGCCACUGACGUUCGAAGGGCCACCUCUUACGAGGGGCUCUAUAAACUCUAUGGAAGGCAGCUUGGAAGUCUUGUCUUAGGGCAUUACAUAUUUUGAUUGCCAGACUGAUCUUUGUACUGUAUCUUACUGUACUGUAUCAUCAGUGCGUUGCUGCAGUUAAGUAAAUCAUGCCUGUAGUAUAUUUUAACGCCGACAAAACUCUCAGUGUCAGAAGAAGACCAGCUAUUUACAUUUUUUUCUCAAAAUUUUACGAUUAUCAGUAAAAACUAGUCGAAGUCUGCGGAGCAAAAGAUUCAAAGAAGCUUGAAGGAAUGAAACGAACCCACGGGCGCAGGAUCCACGUAUUUGUCAAGUUCACCUGACUCGGAAGCAGUCGUCAUCUCUUUAGGCAGAUCAACAAGGUAGCAAAACCACGAUUCAUCAUGGAAAAGCAAUAAUUUUCAAGCCUAUAUUUGUCUGUGAUCACUUUUUUUUUAUAUACAGGAAGCUGGGCAUGCAUUCCAGUGAACUACUAUCGAAAAUUCGAGCAUAGUCAGCAAGGGACGAGUUUAUUUUAAGACCUCAUUAGAAGCAAUUAAAAGGGUCUUUGUUCACUUUUUUUUUGGUUUAGGCUUUUACCUUGAAUACCUGGACAAACGUUUUUCGUGUAUGCCACUGAUAAAUCUAGGUAUUGAUCUCAAGACAAGCACAACGUACUAA